CUAUUGUUUGAAUUGCAAAUUAGUUGAAUUUGUUAUAUAGUUAUAUUUAUCUGCAAUUUUUAGGAAUUCAGCACUGUUUUUCAUGUAAAUUAUUCUUUGCCUACUAUUUGCUUGUAGUUUAGGCAAAUUUCCAGAGUAUUAUAUAGUUUAUUGUUGCAUUAUUUCAGAAGGAAUGCGAAAUAGUAACAGCUACUAGUAGUAUAUAUAUUAUCUUUGCUAGUUGUCAAUUUGAUUGCUAUGAGUUAAUUUCAUGAUGCUAAUAUUAUAUCUAUCCAUUAAUAAAAAAAAUGCAUGACUUAGCUACCCAUUUUCUUUAUACUGAUUAAGAGUUAGGUUAGGUUCAACACUUAUUGGUUAGAUUGCAGAUUUAAUUAAUCUGGUCCGAAUAAGCGGCGUUUUUUAUUCAUAUUGUUUUUAAGCUUAGAAAUUUGUAUGGAAAUGAUUAAUUACCUGUUGCAAUAUACUACACUUAAUCUAAGGGAAUCUUAGACUUGCUUUGCUCAAGUACUACUUCUAUAUAACUCAUGGAAGUAUUAGAAUGCUCGAUGACGGCAUCAUUGGUUACAUCACUAAUGCAUCAUGUUGUUAAGCUUUAAACGUACCUACCAUCUUAGUUACAUGGACUCUUCAAUUCACCUUAAGUACCCGUGUUGGAUCCUUGACACUAAGGACGUGGAAACGAAUACUUGGGCACUUCAUUUUGGGCCAAAAUCAUUGAAAAUUUUCAUAGAUAACGGAGGCAGACACUUGAACAUGUACCCAUGUCAGACAUGGGUAUACGAGUCUAGGUAACAUAGGCUACCACUACAAACAACUCUUUUGGUUUAAUACAUUCGCUACUGGCUAGAUGGGUAACAGACUGACAGCCUCGAUUUCUUCGAGUUGACUUCAAAAUUGUAUACUCCCCUCUGGUCCUCUCUCCUUGUAUAUUUUUAGUUCAUUACAUUAUUGUGAUUACUGAAUGUAAUGUCCUGCCAGAACAUAAGACGACAUAAUGAAUCUUUUUAUUAACUAGUAGAAUAAUAUAUUAUUGUAGUACUGGAUGUUAAUGGGUUAACUGCCAAAUUCAACGUUCAACGUUUUAAUAGUAUGUCCAUUCUGCUUAAAUAAACAAGUUGUUUGUACUCGUCAUAUCAUAUCCAAUUCCUGUUACAAAUUUAGUGAAAACGAAAUGAUGAAUUUAGUGAAAACGAAAUGAUGAAUUUAGUGAGACCAUUUUGGAAAAUGAUGAAUUUGGCAAUAGCAGUUUAAUCCUUGAUUUAUACAACCAUAUCUUACCUGGAUAAAGAGUUUAGCUGGAAACAGACGAGUAUCUUCGUAGAACAAGUUUCAAAUGCACCUAUCAUGCCUUUCGUUUCUAAGAGUGUCAUCAGAUACACAUCAGUUUAAACAACUCUCUGGUGGUACUCAUCAUUCAUGAUCGGCAUGUUUAAGUUUUAGUUAAUAGAAGAUGAGUCUAUCCAGCAUUGAGCAUUAGCAAGUGUCUUGCUAAUCUCUUUCAUAAUGGAGUGACCAUCCCUUUUUUCUUGUAUGUGUACUCUUCUUUAGUCUCUUUGACUAGACAAAAAUCCUUCUAGGUCUGUUUAUAGUAAAUUAGUAUACAUAUAAAAUAUGCCGUAUGCUUAUAACAUUAUGCAUAUGACGUGAUUAUUAUGUUGCAUGCAACUCUGUGAAUUAUUAAUGUAUCAUAGCCUUGAAGUUAGUUGUCUACAUUGAACUACUGUUCCACAUGAAAAAAAAAAGUCAAAUUUUGUUUCUUGCUAAUCUGAAUUAUUUUCUGGAUAAUGAUGUUUAACCAUGCAAUAUUUUAAGGAAAAAAACAUAGGCAUACAAGUUUUUCAGAUCGUCUCAUCCUUCUCUCUUGCUUUUGUUGAAGGAGCCAGAUGCUGCAGUAUUUCCUUUUCUAAGCACCCCUCUAGUCCACAUUUUCAGCAUGUGCAUUAAAUAAUUUCAUGGCAUGCAAUUGACUCUAAAUUUUUCUCCUGCUUCCCUGUCUCCUUUGCUUCUUUGAAUCUUUUCUAGUCUUAUUCUUAUGGCUCAAUUUUUCGGUCCAGAUGAAACUAAGGCUCUGCAACCUGAUCUGGUGGAGACAGGGAAUAGUUGCAGGCUAUCAUUACAGAGCCAGAAUUCCAGUUUCAGAAGAAAUUCAUCAUUGGGUUCUUCAAAAGGUUCCCUUGAUGAGGAGUUCAUUCGGGAAUGGGCUAAAAUCGAGAGGUUACCAACCUAUCAAAGGUCAAGGGUGUUUCUGUUUGACGACUAUGAUGGUGAAAGCACAACUAAUGUCAAUGGAAAACGGAUGAUUGAUGUUUCCAUGCUUGGACCUCUAGACCGGCGUCUUUUCAUUGAGAAGCUCAUCAAACAGAUUGAACAAGAUAACCUUCAGCUGUUAAAGAAACUCAGGAAAAGAAUGGACAAAGUUGGCUUACAUUUUCCUGCUGUCAAGGUGAAGUACAAAAAUCUUUUUGUGGACAUGAGGUGUGAGGUUGUGGAUGGCAAGCCCCUUCCUACUCUCUAUAACUCUUUGAAAAGCAGUCUCUCUGUCUUUACCAAUUUAUUGGGGUCUGAUCAACAAGAAGCAAAACUUGACAUUAUCAAGGAUGUCAGUGGCGUAAUCAAACCUGGGAGGAUGACUCUACUACUUGGUCCACCUGGAUGUGGGAAGACCUCUCUUUUGCUAGCACUCUCAGGAAACCUUGACAGCUCUUUGGAGAUUAAAGGAGAUGUUGAGUACAAUGGGCAUAAACUUGAACAAUUCGUUCCACAGAAAACUUCUGCUUAUAUAAGCCAACAUGACCUGCACAUCCCUGAAAUGACGGUGAGAGAGACAAUUGAUUUUUCAGCUCGUUGUCAGGGUGUAGGAAGCCGCGCAGACUUGUUGAUUGAGGUCUGUAGACGGGAGAAGCAGGAAGGAAUCAUUCCAGAUCCAGAUAUAGAUGCAUACAUGAAGGCAAUAUCUGUUGAAGGAUUGAAAAGUUCCUUACAGACAGACUAUAUACUAAAAAUUCUUGGACUUGAUGUAUGUGCUGACACACUGGUUGGAGAUGCUAUGAGGAGAGGCAUUUCAGGUGGUCAAAAGAAAAGAUUGACUACAGGGGAGAUGAUUGUCGGGCCAACAAAGGUGCUAUUCAUGGAUGAGAUAACGAAUGGUUUGGACAGUUCUACCGCAUUUCAGAUUGUUUCAUAUAUUCAACAGUUAGUCCACAUUACAGAUGCAUCUGCAUUGAUCGCCCUUCUUCAGACAGCACCAGAAACCUUUGAUCUUUUUGAUGAUGUGAUCUUAAUGGCAGAAGGAAAGAUAGUGUAUCAUGGUCCACGUGAUCAUGUAGUGCAAUUCUUUGAGACCUGUGGCUUUAGGUGUCCCAAGAGGAAGGGAAUAGCUGACUUCCUUCAGGAGGUGAUUUCACAAAAAGACCAAUCACAGUAUUGGUUUCUUGAAAAACCUUAUGGCUAUAUGUCUGUAGAUAUGUUCUGUGAGAAAUUUAGGGUAUCUCAUGUUGGAAAGACUCUAUACGAGGAGGUUUCACAGCCACCUGUGAAGAUGCAGGAUGAUGAGAAUGCUAUCUCCUUUUCCAAGUUUUCUCUGCCAAAGGGAGAACUCUUCAAAGCUUGUUUGUCAAGGGAAUGUCUGCUUAUGAAGAGAAAUUCUUUUAUAUAUAUAUUUAAAAUAAUUCAGUUGGUCAUUAUAGCUAUUAUAACAAUGACUGUAUUUCUGCGUACACGGAUGCAUGUUGAUAUUCUGCAUGCAAAUUACUAUUUGGGCUCUCUGUUUUAUGGUCUUGUCAUGCUUCUUGUUGAUGGAUUUCCAGAAGUGUCUAUGACGAUCAUGAGACUUCCUGUUUUUUACAAACAGAGAGACCUCUAUUUUUAUCCCGCUUGGGCUUAUGCUAUUCCAGCGACUCUCCUCAAGGUUCCAUUGUCCAUUUUGCUUGCUGUUCUGUGGACAUCACUGACUUACUAUACCAUUGGAUAUGCUCCAGAAGUUGGAAGGUUCUUCUGCCAAGUUCUUCUGUUUUCGGGAGUGCACUUAGCAUCAGUAACCAUGUUCCGGUUCUUGGCUUCUCUCUUUCAAACCAUAGUUGUUUCCAAUCUUGCGUCCGUUUAUUUCUUACUGUUUGCCUUUAUAUUCAGCGGAUUCAUAAUCCCGAAAUCUUCCAUGCCGGUAUGGUUAGAAUGGGGAUUUUGGGUUGUGCCACUUACUUAUGGUGAGACUGGUCUUGCUACUAAUGAAUUUCUUGCUCCGAGAUGGCAGAAGAUGCUUUCUUCAAACACAACAAUUGGCCAAGAAGUUCUACAAUCCCGUGGUCUACUGUUUGAUGGUUACUUUUUCUGGGUCUCAGUCGGCGCUCUGUUUGGAUUUUCCUUACUUUGCACAGUAGGGUAUACUCUGGCAUUAACUUUCUUGAAGGCUCCGGUAGCAUCUGCAGCUUUUAUCUCACGAGAAAAACUUUCUCAAUUACAAGAAUUGAGACAUCCAUGUCGAGUGGACGACUUAGAGAGUUGUGGAGACAAAAGUACCGUAGAAUCUCAAAAAGGUAACAUGAUUUUGCCCUUCCAACCACUUACAGUAGCAUUCCACAAUGUGCAAUACUACAUUGAUACCCCCGUGGAAAUGAGAGAACAAGGCUUUACUGAGAAUAAACUCAAUCUUCUGCAUGAUAUCACUGGUUCUUUUAAGCCAGGUGUUCUUACGGCAUUAAUGGGUGUCAGUGGAGCUGGAAAGACGACUCUUCUGGAUGUUCUUGCAGGAAGAAAAACUAGUGGCACCAUUGAAGGUGAUAUUCGAAUUGGAGGGUAUCCGAAGGUGCAGGAGACAUUUGCUCGAGUGUCUGGAUAUUGUGAACAAACAGAUAUACAUUCUCCACAUAUUACCGUAGAGGAAUCGCUGAUCUUUUCUGCCUGGCUUCGGCUUCCUGAUAAUAUUGAUUCAAACACUAAAACCGAUUUUGUCAAUGAAGUCCUAAAGACUAUUGAGCUCAAUGAAGUUAAAGAUACCUUAGUUGGCUUACCAGGUGUUAAUGGUCUAUCAACUGAGCAACGAAAGCGGCUCACUAUUGCUGUGGAGCUUGUAGCCAACCCAUCAAUUAUAUUUAUGGAUGAACCUACAACAGGUCUUGAUGCAAGAGCAGCUGCCAUUGUUAUUCGAGCAGUAAAGAAUAUUGCUGUUACUGGUAGAACUGUUGUUUGCACCAUCCAUCAACCAAGUAUGGACAUAUUUGAGGCAUUUGAUGAGUUGGUUCUUUUAAAAACAGGUGGACGCAUAAUCUAUUCCGGACCUCUGGGCCAGCAGUCAAGUAAGGUUAUUGAAUAUUUUCAGUCUAUACCUGGCAUGCCCAAGAUUAGAGAUAACUAUAAUCCCGCGACAUGGAUAUUAGAGGUUACUUCUGCAUCUGCUGAAAUCGAACUGGGUAUCGAUUUUGCAGAAGUUUACAAUAGCUCUGUGCUAUGCCAGAAGAAUGAAGAAUUUGUUCAGCAGCUAAGUAUCCCUUCUGUGGGCUCAAGGGAUCUCCAUUUUCGUAGUCGCUUCUCAUUAUCUGGUUGGGGACAAUAUAAAUCUUGCCUGUGGAAACAACAGCUAUCUUACUGGAGAAGCCCUUCAUACAAUUUGACACGCCUCAUGUUUGCCUUUGUGUCAUCCCUUAUUUUUGGAUUGCUGUUCUGGCAGCAAGGGAGGAACAUAAAAGAUCAGCAGAGUAUAUUCACAGUAUUUGGUUCCAUGUUUGCUGCUGUGAUGUUCUUGGGAAUAAACAACUGCAGCCCUGUUCUUCCUCACAUUGCAACAGAAAAAACUGUCGUUUAUCGGGAAAGAUUUGCAGGGAUGUACUCCUCAUGGGCUUAUUCUUUUGCACAGGUCACUGUUGAGAUCCCUUAUCUUCUUACUGUGGCUUUGAUAUUCACAAUUAUCACAUAUCCGAUGAUCGGGUAUUACUCAUCAGCCUACAAGCAUCAGCGAUAUAUGCACUGAUGAAUUUGUUUUCUGGAUUUUUGAUCCCUCAACCGCAAAUUCCCAAGUGGUGGCUGUGGUUAUAUUAUCUAUGUCCAUCUUCUUGGACCCUAAAUGGUCUGCUGUCUUCUCAGUAUGGUGAUAUACAUGAAUAUAUCACUGUUUUUGACAAAACCAAGACGAUAGCUUCUUUCGUA